UUCAGCUUCACUCCACCACCCUACUACUCCAACCCCCUCGGAAACCUACACGGCGCGGCUCACUCCCUCAUCUACGACAACUGCACCACUCUCGCCUUGGCCGCGAUAGCAAAACCAGGUUUUUGGAUGUUGGGGGGAGUAAGCAGGGUGUUGGAUGUCAAGUAUGUGAGGGCGUGUAAGGUGGGUGAGGAAGUCACUGUGGAGUGUGAGGUUGUGCAUGUGGGGAGACGGCAGGCGGCGAUUAGGGGUGUGGUGAGGGAUAGAGUGGGAAGGGUGUGUAGUACUUGUGAGCAUGACAAGACGAAUAUUGAUCCGGAGGUUGAGGGGGGUGCGAAGUUAUGA